GAGGCGGAAAUUGUUGGGAAACAAUGAAAAAUUUAGUAUAUUAUGCUCUGGAUUAACAUAUUAAUAUCAGCUCUUCUACAUCAUCGAGGUGUUAGGUUGAGAAUUUUUUAUUGUAAUAUUUAACAGCUUUUAAAAGUAUUAUGUUCCGUCAAACAUUACUCAUACAAAUAGCUCUAAGCUUCUUAAUUUCAUGCUAUGCUCUCAUUACUCCUCAUCUCAUAUGAUGGCCAAACAUUUCAUAUCACUUCUCAUACUAGGCCUUUGCAAUUUCUUGGUCAGCGCGGAUGUUUACUGGUACAUUGAUUGUGGUUCAACAUCUACAGCAUUCUACACUGAUAGUUUUAUUAACGUUUGGCAAGGAGACGGAGACCUUAUUCAGAAUGGGGUGCCACGAAGGGUGCAAUCUAGUACUGCAGAUUCUGAUCCGGUAAUGGACACUCUAAGAGUAUUCACUACGCGGAAAAAGAACUGUUAUGCUUUUAAUGCGGAUAAAGGUGGAAGGGUUCUUGUUCGAGCAAGCUUUAAAUAUGGAAAUUAUGAUGGGAAGUCCUCCCCUCCUACAUUUGAUCUUCAUUUUGAUGGAAAUUUUUGGACCACGGUUGAGACUUCAAUUGAUGAAGUAGUGACAUAUGAAGCUACAUAUGUUGUGAAAGGUGAUGUUGUAAGUGUGUGCGUAGCACAGACAAAACCAAAUCAGUUUCCUUUCAUAUCAGCUCUUGUAAUUCGUAGCAUGGAUUCGAAUAUGUACAGCAAUGCAGAUCCCAGUUAUGCUUUGUUUUUGAAAAGUAGGGUUGCUUAUGGUGCAGAAACUGUUAUCAGGUUAUCAACUGAUUAUGAUCGAAUUUGGCUUCCUGCCAUAUUAGAAAAUGGACAAGAUAACAUCACAGGCGAUGCACUAUAUUUUGCAAUCACUCUAGCAGAUAGCCCUCCUAUAGAGGUGCUGCAAAAUGCAAUUACAACAGCCAGCACUUCGGAUAAAUUGAUAUUAGCUUCUGGAUUUCCGUCUGACGUUGUUUCUGUGUACUUGACCACGUACUUUUCAGAACCAACUGAGGUGACAGAAACAAGGUCCUUUAAGUUAUACAUAGACAAUCAGGCCAGCUCAGAAUCAAUUAUACCAGCUUAUGAGGUCGCACAAGAAACUGUAGGUAACCUCAAUGUUUCUUCCAACUCGACACUUUCACUGGUUGCUACCUCAGAUUCAGUGCUCCCGCCUCUCAUCAAUGCCAUGGAACUUUUUUAUGUCGGCAAGGACCAAUUAACAGAUGGAACUAAUUCUGAUGAUUUGGAAGCUUUGGCUUUACUUCAACAGACAUUUACUGAUUUGAAAGAUUGGUAUGGCGAUCCUUGUCUUCCAUCAUCGUUUACUUGGGACUGGCUUGAUUGCAGUAACGAUGCCACACCUCGUGUCACAGCACUGCACCUUGGUACUUUUGAUCUGACAGGGUCCCUUCCUGAUAUAAGUUCCAUGACUAGUCUCCAAACAAUAGACUUGCACAAUAAUAGCUUGACUGGAGCUAUCCCGGAUUCCCUUGGGACGUUGCCUAACCUUAAAGCCUUGAAUUUGGCAGAUAAUCAGCUAAGCGGAAGCAUACCUACAUCUCUAUCAAGCAAUAAAAAUAUCAAACUAGAUGUGACAGGCAACCCUGACUUGUGUACAUCCGGGAAGUCAUGCGAUGCCACAACCACUAGCAACACGGAUACACCUGGAUUCCCAACAAUAUCAGACUCCCCUUCAACUGGAAAAAAGAAAAACAAAAAGACUCCACUAAUUCUUGGUACCACAAUUCCCUCUGGCUUGCUUGCCUCGGCUUUGAUAAGCAUUUAUGCAUGGAUGCGCCACAAGAGGAAGAAGCCCUCUGUGCCUCCAACACAGCACGCUGCUUCAGGACAUGGUGGAGGAGGUAAUGUUGUUGAAAAUAUACUGGAUGAGAUAAAGGUGAAUAUGGAGGAUCAAAUUAUACAGCAGGUGUCUAAUGGAAUAAGUCAGCAGGCUCAAGAUUACAUAGCAAACUCCAGUACAACUUGACCUGUACAUAGCAAACUCCAAUAUGUUUAAAUGUAUAUACUAUAUACAUUCAUGGGUCUGUCUGUGCAUACGCCUAGUAGCUCUGUUAAGCAUUUGCAAUUUCCAUGUCUUCUGUUUCGUAGUAAAUGUUUAUGUUUCUGCACUUGUCAGUUGCGUUCUGUGAUCAAUGAACUCUUGGUUCAAUGGUAUUUUCCUCGCUCUCUUUACGGGAUAUCGAGAGUUCAAAACUUGUCAAAAACAAGGUGGAUGUGUGCAUUUACUUAACUAUAAUAAAAAGUUGCAUUCUCUGGUUACAAGUAAUUAGUACUGUAAUAAGUUGCAAGUUGCAACUCUUUCC